AGAGAGUAAAAACUGGAGGCGGUUUUCACGGCAGAAAGGGAAAACACAAGGAGAUGUCAACUCUGCAAAUGCUCCUCUCAAACUCCCUCUAAUUUCCUUUCACCUCCAUCUCUCUCUCUCUCGACUGCAAAACCACACACGACGCAAACGCAAUGGGAUCGGCGGACGUUGGUUACGCGUCAUCCAAUGACGGAGCUCAACCGGCGCAAUCUUCACCUCACAAACCGCAACCUUCUCCUCCUCCUGCUUCAGACUACCCAGACACCACAUACCUGAGGUUUCUCGCAUCAAAUGCUGAAGCUGGUUCAAUCAUUGGAAAGGGUGGAUCAACAAUCUCUGAUUUCCAGUCACGAUCCAAUGCACGAAUUCAGUUGUCUCGAAACUAUGAAUAUUUUCCAGGAACUUCAGAUAGGAUCAUCAUGGUAUCUGGAACUAUUGAUGAAGUUCUUGAUGCUGUGGAACUUAUCCUCACCAAGUUGCUGAAUGAAUUUUAUGCUGAAGAUGGUGAGGAGGCUGAACCAAGAUCAAAAGUUAGGCUAAUUGUACCAAAUGGCUCUUGUGGUGGAAUCAUUGGAAAGGGAGGAUCUAUGAUAAAGUCAUUCAUUGAAGAUUCACAAGCUAACAUUAAGAUAUCCCCUCAAGAUAACAACUAUAUUGGGAUGAAUGAUAGGUUGGUAACAGUAGCUGGCACCUUACAGCAACAGGUGCAAGCUACUAGUCUGAUUCUCUCAAGAUUGUCUGAAGAUCUUUACUAUGUACAGUCUGUGGGUCCCCCGUUUCCAUAUGCUGCACCUUUUUACAGUGUACCAAACUAUGGACCAAAUGGUGCUGGUAAAAAGUUUCAGAACAAUAAGGAAGAUAUGAGUAAUUCAGUGACUCUGGGCGUUGCAGAUGAGCAUAUAGGAAUUGUGGUGGGCCGUAGUGGUAGAAAUAUAACAGAAAUUAGUCAGAUUAGUGGAGCUAGGAUUAAGAUAUCUGAAAGAGGUGAUUUCAUAAAUGGGACAUCUGAUAGGAAAGUAACGAUUACUGGAUCACAAAGGGCGAUAAAUGUAGCCGAGGCUAUGAUAAUGCACAAGGUUGCAUCGGCUUCAUCUCCACCUCCAGCUGCGACUACUGAAAACUGAAAACUGAUAACGAGGUUCUCUCUUUCUGUCAGUUUAAACAGGAACUUUUGCCAUAAAUCAUUUUUAUCCUAUAGAGUUGAAACAAAACAUACUGCCAUCUUUGCUUUGUUAUUUUACUAAAUUUAUGACCAGAAAAUACACAAAAUGAGGAACUUCUUAUAAUCAUGCAAAUUCUUACAAGUAAA